AUGUCUCGGCUCCGGUUAACAUUCCUGGAUCGGUGUGGCACUGUUGGUGGAGUGUCAUUCCUAAGUCGGUUUGGCACUGUUGGCGGAGUUUCAUUCUUUAUUCGCACAAACAACCCUAGAAAAAACGCUGGGCCGAAUAAACCAACCGUUUUCCGAAAGAUUCAGCAAGAGGAGGUCAAAGGACCGAGGAGGAUCACGCCAACCUCCGCCAACCUCCAGAUGGCGUCGUGGCGUUCGGUAGCGGUGCUGCUGGUGGCGGCCGCAGCGGCGACGGCGACGGAGGGCCCGGCCGAAUCGGCGGUGGAGCGGCCGACGGCGGCGGUGACGAUGGCGGCAACAGGUGCGGCAGCCUUAGAGGACUUUGAUAGCGAGUCCCAGAUCUUGCUGGCGUCGGGGCGGCAGGGGGUGCCCAAUGGGCGUGGCAUGCUUUCCAUGGCCUUCGAUGCCAUGAACCCGGUGCCUUAUUUCAUGGGCGGCCUGAGAGGCGUCCGGCACGUGAUGCAGCAGAGGCUGGUUCCACUCCGUGGCAUGAUGCUGAACAACUUCCAGAGGAACCUUCCGAGGCCCGGGAAUAGGUUUAGAGGUGGUGGCGGGAACAAGCAUGCUCAUGGCUUGAGUGGCAGAGGCUUCCGGGCCGGGGGCGGCAAGAGGCCUGUCUCGUCCGGCCUGAGAGGGGGGAAAGGUGGCGGCUCCUCUAGCGAUUUCCUGCAGGGUUCCUUGAGGACCACCAAGGAACCCUCUACCUCUUUUACUUCUCCUGACAAUCCUUCCCUCUCUUCCGACUUCGGGACGCUGAAGCCCGCCUCCAUCGUGAGCGGGCAGAGGCCGUCCCCCGACGCCAGCACGCAGACGCCCUCCCCGAUCUCCGGGACAACCAAAACCUUCGCGCAGACGACUUCCACGCCUGCCAUACUAACCAGCCCUCCUUCUGUUUCCUCUCUCUUGCCUGCUUCCAAUGAGAAACAAGGAACGCGAGUCAUCAACAUACAGAUUCCCAAAGAACUUCAGGAUAUCCCAAUCCUGGAGAUCAACAUGAAGUCCAACGGGGACAUCAGCAUCGGCCCCGGCGGUCUCGAGACGGAUGCGGACGUCCCUCACACGCAGGCGUCCCAUGCCGCAGCCGACGUCCCCGAUGCGCGCGACUCUUUCACCCAGAACUUCCGUAAUGGCGACUUAGACCUUGGUGCGGAUAAUCCAGGCACCUUCGACUACGAGUCUGCCUUUCCCAGCGCCCAGGAAGGAGACGGCCAGCUGGACACCAGUCUCCAUACUUUCCCGCCCGAGAGUGCUGGGAGAGUCAAUUCUAUACAGGACAUCCUUUGCAUGCAGAAACUAGGGACUACUAACAAUGCUUUUGGGAAUGGGAUGUUUGACGUCGCUCACAUGACACGCAUGCAGCCCUUGCCACUUGACAGUGAAAGCGGUCAUACUAACAAUCCUGUACUUAAUAACGACCCAAAUUUACUUUCGAGACAUAAUCCUUUAUCAAACUUUCCAGCAACUUUCCCUCCAGAUCGAAAUAAUGUUAAUCAUAUAUACUUUGUCCCUGUUAACAUGCAACCGUCUGUCCCAACAUCAGGACUGACUGCAGAAAAUAGGUCACUGGCAAUCCCUCUACAAACAGAAAUAAGUUCAGGAAAGAAAGAUUCUCCCAUUUACUAUAUUGACAUUACCCUUCCAGGAAAGAAAGGAGAACCCACUGUAAAGGCCAGCCGGAUGAAGAGGAGUCUGCAGUACGAUUUUGACGGCUGGUAUCCCCUAGACGUCAGCAACCCGAUGGCUGACGAUCCCACGGUCGGGUACCAGCCUCCGCCGCUCACGCAGGUCCACUUCAGCGCCGAACCGAUGGCCAAGAAGCCCAUGUACCCGGUGAGGCCUGAGAACCCGCCUGUGUUCGUCGUGCGGUCAGAGAAGGUACAGCCCGAGUACGACUCUGUUUACGGCACAGAGAACAUCGAGUACUUCCACAUCCAUCCGCAGACCAACAUCAUUCGAGCCUUCCGGUCUCCGUCGCAGAGUGUCGGGGCGAUUCGCUUCAUGUCUGCUCCACAGUUCGGGGAGGGCGAGGCGCAGGCAGAGACUCCUGGCUUUCCGAGGACAAGCGGCUCGGAGGACCGGAACGCCACUGACAAGGAGCCAGGGUUUGCCGACCGAGCAGACGACUUCGCGAAGGGAGAGGGAAGGAUUCAGUUUCCAGAAGGAGCGGCAUACGAUGAUAACUACGAGGACGACAUGGAUGGGGCCUUCUCGGAGAUCCACCCGACGAUGGUCAGGGGCCGACCUGGCCACAUCUUCCAGUAUUCUUCAGGGGACUAUGAAGAAAGACCUAGCGUGAUACGUCGACAGGAUUAUACAGGAAAUCGAGAGAUCGACAGGACGAGAUCCAGAGUGGCUCUCUACGAGCUGUUGGGUAAUCAUAAUCCGGAGUCCCAGAUUGAAGAGGCUCCUUACCUAGGAUCUGCCACAGAUUCCGCGGGAGCAUCAAACAUCCGCAAAGUCCUGCCACCAACCUUUUUCAGAAACCUGCCCAACCGUCGCCCCAGCACCACAAGAACCAGCUCUGGCCGAACGCCCACAAGAAGAGGUGGGAACGACUAUGAUGAUGAAUCUCCGAGUUCGACCCGGUCGUGGUUCCUCAUCGAAACGCGAUCUGAGAGUCCAAACAGAAAGCGGGAGCCAUCCAUAGCCUCGUACAUUCACCCCGAGACCCACACGAGUGAUGAAAAAAUCCACUACAAACCUUACGGCCCCGUCUCCUAUGUCCCUAGAGGGGUGAAGAGAGGCGAACACAUCCACAAUCCUCACUUGGACGACCACAUGAAUUCCUACAAGCCCAGCACUAGUCUCACCGCCAACAGCCUCUCGGAACUCCUGCAGAUAUUCCGCUAUACCCAAGUGACGGACUCACCCAGGGUGAGGGGCGCCACUGAUAACCCUGUGACCUUGAGGGAGUUCAGAUACACUCGACCGACCGAGGAGCCUCCGACAACCCCGUCGACCUUCUUCCCGAGCAGUCUGAGGUACACCACGCCCCCAGCUACUGCAGACGAGCCCUCGACAGAGACCGCGGUCACGGAGAAGGAGCAGGGCACUUUCUUCGACGCCGUGGCUGACACGAAUUCCCUCGACGGGUACCUCUUUUCAGACUCGGAGGCCAGUCCUGAGUACGCCCGCCCGCAGCUGCGUCCUAAUGUCGUCAUCAUUGAGGGCAAGGACUCGCAUGAAUCAAAGGGCGUCGUCAGAGAGAGUUCGACGGUGAGGGUUGUCAGUUCCUCUUCCGCCACUUCUCGGCCCGCUCCGACUGCCGACAGUCAGCCUGAAAAGACAAGCUUUGAGGAUCUGGAAGUAAUCUUCACUGGUUCCAAAUCCUUGUCGUCGCCUCUUUAUAUCAUUCACCAAGGUCACUCUAAGGUCAGGGUCUUUGGCAUCAAUUCCGCUGAAGAUAAGUCUCAGGACGACGUUGAUUUUAAUGAUCAGGUGAUCUUCUCGACCUACAAACCUACGUCGUCGGAAAACACCACCUCCACCAGCUCUUCCCCCUCCAACACUACCUCCUCCACCUCUCCUAUCACCUCCUCUACUCCCACUCACACCACAGCACAGCCACUUCCACCACCAUGGAUAGCACCACCGUAACUCCCCCUACUGCAAGUACCA